AUGGAGAUGGAAAUAUCCAAUCUCAGAGCACAACUGAACUCACAAUCCACCAGUUCCUCAGCCCACCAGGAACAAAUAUCAGCUUUGGAAGAGAGGCUGUCACGCAGUGAAAGCGCACUAGAGAAGACACAAAGAGAGCUUGCAGAUGCCAAACAAGCUGUAAGCCGAGCAGCGGAAAAGGCAGUUAAAGAGGGGGUAGACAAAACGUCCACCGAAACCCUCAUUAAGAGCCUAGAACGCCAGCUCAAGGAAACUGAGGAAGCUAAAGCUGAAGCCUAUAAAAAGGCCGUUCUACUUGAGAAGAAACUGCAAGCCUUAAGCAACCUCCAUAAGGAGUCCGAAACUCGACAUCAAACCCGUAUGAAGGAACGGGAUAAAUUCGAGAAGGAUGUGGCCAUGCUCACGAAAAAGAUAGCAACAACUGAAAAUGAAAACCUAAGGCUCAAGGAAGAAAGAGACCGACUAAAGAAACGUGAGGCAUCGGGAGUUGGGGCUGACGAAGGCCUAGAUGAGCUAGAAGACGAGGAAAGACAGCGACUCGAACGGAAAGUUCGAGAUCUGGAAGGGGAAAUUUUUGAUCUUCGGCGAGGCAUUUGGAAAGAACGCAAACGUGAACUCUCCUUUCAACAUGAUGGUGAAGGCUCCUCGGCAGAUAGGAAAUCCUUCUCAGGCACAUUUGAUGAUGUCGAUCUCACAGGCGGUGCGCCAGGGGGUCACAGCUACGCUGGUCGUCGCAGCAUCAGCCACAGGCCACAGCAACACUCAUCCUUUGCAACAGUAUUGCAAAGUGGCAUUGCUGCGUUCACUGGUGCUCAAGAUCAAGAUAGAGGACAUAAGAGCUUCGAUUACGGUUCCCAUGCAGAUCCAAAUGAGGAAUUUUUAGACGACGAUGCGUUUGAUGAAGAUGCAUUUGCUCGUGCCCAAGAGGAGGAAGAAGCAAAAAAAAGAGUUGAAUGGGCCCGAGAGAUAAAAGCAAAACUGAAGAAUUGGAAAGGAUGGAGGCUAGAUUUGGUUGAGUGUCGAUAUGGAGCGCAGGGGGCAGGAGUAGGGUUAGGUGAAAUUUUUGAAGCGUGA